GCUGGAGGUGACAGUCAGCUGAGGGAGAGCUCACAUGACACACUGGGAACUGACUUGGAAAGUGCUCCUCAAGGCAGUUUUGCUGAGAAUCAUGGAGCCCAGAGCGCUGUUGCUGUUCAUCUGCGCACAGGUUCUCUUCCUCCCAGCCACCCUGAGCAGUGGUGUCAACGACAGGUUUGAAGAUGACGUGAAUUCUCUGAGUCGCCGCCUCCUGCAGUUUAUACAGCCGAGCCCGGCCCACCCCAACCCCAGCUUCCACAUCGCACUGCGCCUCGCCACCCCUCACAACCUGCAGGAUGAGCAGAAAUACCUAAAGGAGCUUAAGAAGCACUUCAAGCACAAACUGAAGAGCUGUAAUGCUUCAUCAGGACCCUCCACAGGUCUCAUCGCUCUCUACCUACUCGCUCUCCAAUCCUCGUGCCAGGACAUGUCCGCAGAGAACACAGCUAUAACCUGUUUGAAGGAGAAGCUACGUGCAGAGAAGGAGCACGUCCGGGAUCAAAGACAGCCUUUGACCAACUACUAUCAGUACAGUCUGGGCGUGAUCGCUCUCUGCCUGAACAAAAUACACAUUCAUCAUUAUAUCUUGGCAAAACUAGCCGAUGGCAUUUUCUGGGAAAACAAAUCCCCACACAAACCCAUAGACUCGGUGGCGAUGGCGGCUUUGGCCUUUCAGUGCGUGCAGAACGCCAGUCUGCCAGCAGGAGGAAGCCCGUACAGCAACCAAACACUGAACAAGGUAACGGAAGCAGUGGAGAGGCUGAUCAAUCACAUCCAGCCUGAACAGCAAGGUGACGGAACCUUCAAGAACAUCUACAGUACUUCCCUGGGUUUGCAGGCUCUGUGUGCUAUGGAGCCAAGUGACAACUGUCUGAGAGGUAGACAGAGAUUGGUGGAUGAGGCCAAAAAAGGAGUCUUUGACAAUCCAAUGGCACUCGCUCAACUCUUGCCUAUUCUGUAUAAAAAAACCCUAUUGGACAUCAAGCAAAUAACCUGUACUGAUUCCGAUGACCUCACGCUGCUGAAGGCCAGUGCGGGAGGCGAGGUUGAGCCGGACGGAGAGGCCCACUCGGUCAACCUGAUGGUGAAGGAUGCGGACGGUAAGGUGUGUUACGGUGAGGUCACACUGCCGCUGCGUGCUGGCACUUCGCUGCUCGAUGUUCUGGAAGAAGCGAAGAGGACUCGGAACUUCACAUUUGAGACCAAGCAGACGAGAUGGGGACCUUUGCUGACCUCAGUCAAUGGCAUGAAGGAACAAAAGCAUCACAAGAUCUACUGGCAGCUGAUCACAGCGGAGAAAAAAGCCCUGAUCCAUGGCAUUCAGGACUACCACCCUCAGCCUGGAGAACGCAUCAUCCUGCGUCUCUCCAGGUACUAGCACGUGUGUGUGUGUGUGUGUGUGUGUGUGGGGCCACACAUGAUUCAACACUUAAUUCAGUGUUGAUUGAAAGUCACACAACAAGGUGUCCAAAAGCACACACAUAAUCUUUAGGUUUGGAGAGCCCCAACGCAGGGACAAAUCCUGGAGGUCUCAGUGACAUCAAUGCCCAAAAUCAACAAGGUGGAAACUGAGCACCCAGACUUGGUUAAUGUGUUUGUUUUCAUUCUGACUCUGCAGCGAAUGCAUCGCUGUCUCAAUGCACUACAGCUCUAGUGCAUUGAGUGUUGCACCUUUCCUAUCCAUUAGUGUUCAAUCUUUCACCGUUACCAGUGUGGCUUGGCUUAGGUUGCCCUGGGCUCCACUAAGCAGGAAGAUGCCCAUCAAAGUGGCAAUCAUCAAUGCAACCAGUCCUGGGUGUGCUUUGUACUUGAAGACUUUGUUCACAGUAGUUUCCGCACAUUUCAUUAACAUCCGCGCUCAGAUUUCUUUAAAAUCUCACGCUUGCUCACGUUCAGAAUGCUGGCAACUAUUAUCUCGGUUGUUUUCAUGCCCAAGUCUGACUCUGCAAUUAACAUUAUCUUUUCCACACGUUGAUGUCUCGCGUGUUGGGAAUCUUUCCCACGUCGGGCUGCGAUGGGUAGAUGGAUGGAUGGAGGGAGGUUUUGCAAACCUUUUUCGAUUGUACGUUUCAACUAUUUUCCAAUGAAAUCCUGAUUUCUUUGUAACCUACGUAUUAAAAUUAAUCAUCAACUUC